AAGUUUUUUUGGAACAGGUCGAGCGUUCUUCGUGGAUCCAAUUUGAUGUCUUGCAAAGAAACUGAGUGGAUUCUGAACUCCGCCCAUCAAUUUGUCCAGGAUGCGAAGGAAAACGCCUCGUGGCGUUUUGUUCCCCAGUUACUUGUGGUUGCUUCUGCUCAAUUACGGUUCGACACUCUACUUCGGGGCGAAGGCAGCAAGAACACCGCCUCAAGGGGCGAUAAGUAUCUCAUCCGGCAGCACGACAAAGGAUAAGGAGCAGGAAAAUGAUGUCGGCGUCAUCAGCGAAAAUGCAAUCGCCUCAUCUUCACGACCGCGACAGACGUCCGAGACACUCUUCAAGUCGAUCCCCCUGAAAGACGUGCAGGAUGUCCAGUUGCAAGUCGAGGUUGGAAUAGGCCAGCCAGCACAGAAGUUUAGUCUGGUACUGGACACCGGCUCCUCCGAUGCUUGGGUGUUCGCGAAAAAUUUCACCGUUCCGGCCAGCGUGGAGAGCACCGCGCUUGCCGUCGAACCGAGGACCUUCGACAUUGCCACUUCAAAAACUGCCAAGCCGUGGUGGCAUGAUAUACGGACAGUAGAAGAAAAUCAUGGAGCUGUAUCUUCUACUGAAGGAACGGAUGCGCACGCCUCGAGAAAAGCCGCGUUCACCAGAACGCCCACCCGUGUGGAGUUUCGCUAUGGCGACGGUAGUCGUGUGGAAGCUUUCGCUUUCACGGACACGCUGGCGUUGGAAACGACGGACGUACUUUCCGCUGCUACGAGCCUGGUCGUCCCGAACCAAUUUCUCCUUGCGGCGGAUAAAAUGACGAACCGAAACAUAGGCCACGCGAUGCACGCCGACGGGGUUCUGGGGCUCGCGCACUACUUCGAGGACGUGAUCGGGCCCCGACCGCGCUCGGCCAAAACGUUCAUUCACGCGCUGUUUGACCAAUACCCAGACCUGGAUCGGCAGUUCAGCCUCUACCUGCAGCCAGACGCCAGUCUGGACGAGAAGGUGAGUAGUACUAGUGUCCUUGCAGAUGAGGCAGAGACCGACGAAAGAAGCACAGGGAGGUCGUUGUCUUUGACAUCAGCUACAGCUUCAAAAGCAACGGUCAAGACCACGACCACGAGCAAGAAAUCCCAGCUCUUCUUCGGAAAAGUCCCACUUGCGGAAGUGUUCCAAGCCGAGGCGAAGGGCCACGACGUGGAAAAACUGAUGCGAUUCGGGCGGAAGUACUACAUGGACCGCACGGACCUGUGGAUUACCUCCAUCUGGUCGCUGGGGUGGAAUGCGCAACCGGCGUACACGUUCACAGGAGGUGGGGAGGUCGGCGCGCCCGCCCUGAUCGAUUCAGGUUCGAGCUUUCUCGUCGUCUCCAGCACGGUGUUCGACUCGUUGUUCGCGAGUAAACUCGACGGAGCACCUUUUGCGUUAACCUCGACGUCGGGGACAACUUCUUCCGACAACACGCCGACCCUCCAACACGCAACACCAAUAGCAGGAAAAAACCACCACCACCAGCCUCCCCCGCUUAACCUGCAUUGUGAGCCCUACCCCGGGAAGGACAGUCUCCGGAUUUGCGACUGCCCGGCAGACGACGCCGAGAAAAAGCAGCUCCCCGCCCUCGUCGCGAACCUCGUCGACCACGAGGACCAGCUGCUACCGCUCUGCCUCGCGCCCGACGAGUACUUGGUGAAGACAAACCACCCCGUCACGGGCGAGCCGAAGUGCGUGCCGGCGGUGGAGCGCGGCUCCUCGACGCAAGCGGUGCCGGUCAUCAUCGGCUUGGUGUUUCUGCGCACUUUCUUCACGCGUUUCGACUUGGAUCGGCACCAAAUAGGUUUCACGCGCAUCCGGAAUCACGAUCUGGCCGCGCCGUGGUGCGGUCCAAUACCCGCGGAGGGCGUAGCGGAAAGUUGGGUCGAUUAUUUCCUCUCCGCGUACUUCUCCGAGCAGGUUGUCUACUUAACCGCAGGGGUUUUAUGCGGCGGAGCGAUGUUUGCAGUCGCGAAUCUCGUGCACAAAAAGUGGUGGCGGGCCAGGCAAGGAGGGGCCGCUGCGUCCUCACCGGCAUUGCUGUUGGAGUGAGACGUAGACGUUGGGCGGUGAGCUUGACGGGAUGAACUUGCUGCAGAUUCAUUUUUAAUCGUUUCAUCAUGCUGCAAAGACUUUUACCACCAGAAUCAAGCUUGCUUCUUACGCAUCAACGAUGUGUCAACAUGUUGAAGAUCCAAAGUAGCUGCGACAGAGGUGGCGAACCGGACUGGCCUCCUGGUAGCGGAAAAAAAUGUUCCGGUCUGGGGCCAUGAAGAAAAACGGCAACCACCAGAUUUCGGUUUGCAGCAAGAACAUUAUUUCACUC